AUCGCUAGAAGAGGAGCUGCUCCUGGUUGGAGACAGCCAUGGCUUCCUUGGCAGAGCAUCCUUCGGACUCUUCAGCUUGCAAAAGGUUGCAUUCCAGGAUGGAAGCAUCUUGCUUAGAGCUAGCUCUCGAAGGCGAACGUUCGUGCAAAGCCGGGGAUUUUAAAGCUGGAGUUGCCUUCUUUGAAGCCGCUGUUCAAGUGGGGACAGAAGAUUUGAAAACCCUGAGUGCCAUCUACAGCCAGCUCGGUAAUGCUUACUUCUACCUGAAGGAAUAUGCCAAAGCUCUGGAAUAUCAUAAACAUGAUCUCACUUUAGCCAGGACCAUUGGCGACCGCAUCGGAGAGGCCAAAGCCAGUGGGAACUUGGGAAAUACGCUGAAAAUCCUUGGGCAGUUUGAGGAAGCUGCUGUCUGUUGUCAGAGGCACCUGGACAUUUCUCAAGAGCAAGGAGACAAGGUGGGCGAAGCUAGAGCCCUAUACAAUAUUGGGAAUGUCUACCACGCCAAAGGCAAGCAGUUGUCUUGGAGUCUGCCGCAGGAGCCAGGCCAUCUACCUCAGGAAGUCAAGGAAACUUUGGAGAAGGCAUCGGAAUUUUAUGAGAGGAAUCUAUCGCUUGUGAAGGAGCUGGGAGACAGAGCUGCUCAAGGCAGGGCAUAUGGGAAUCUGGGCAACACCCAUUAUUUGCUUGGCAACUUCAGCAAAGCCAUUGUCUUCCAUAAGCAGCGACUCGCCAUUGCCAAGGAGUUUGGGGACAAAGCGGCUGAAAGGAGAGCCUACAGUAAUCUGGGCAAUGCCCACAUCUUCUUGGGAAGGUUUGACAUCUCGGCAGAGUACUACAAGAAAACCCUACAGCUCUCCAGACAAUUGAAGGACCAAGCUGUGGAAGCGCAGUCUUGCUACAGCCUUGGAAACACGUACACUCUCCUCCAGGACUAUGAGAAAGCAGUAGACUACCACCUGAAGCACCUAGCCAUCGCCCAGGAGCUGGGGGAUAGGGUGGGAGAAGGAAGAGCUUGCUGGAGUCUGGAAAAUGCCUACAUCUCUCUGGAGAACCAUGAAAAAGCUUUGCACUUUGCAGAAAAACAUCUUGAAAUUUCCCAAGAGAUUGGAGACCACAACGGAGAGAUGACAGCUAGUACGAACAUUGCACAGCUGAGAUCAGUCUUGAGCCAGAAGGAGAAAGGUGACCAUCCAGACACUUUGGCAUUUUGCCCCGGUUAUGAAGUACAAGGGGCCAGACCAAAGAGGACUCAGAGGACCAGGAUGAAUAGCCUCGAUCUCCUGAGAUUUCCAUCGGAAAAGGACCGGAAUGGAGAAACCCACCCCUCAGCAGAUCUCAAAAUCCCUGGGAGAGAUUUCUUGUCGCUACCCGUCCGAGCCAAUAAAUACAGGGAAAACCAGUCUGUUUUGGAGGGCAAGCUUCCGGUGUCCAGAGAGUGCCCCCUGGAAACAAGCGAUGUCCGAGUCCAAGUGUCUCAGCUGCAGAAAAUCAAGCGGGCCCCUUCAGAGGAGGAGUGCUUCUUUGACCUGCUGAGCAAAUUCCAGAGUAACCGAAUGGACGACCAACGCUGCACUUUGGAAGAGAGCCAGAAGGAGACGGAGGAAACUGCUGACACCUCAGUGCCUGCCUUGGAAGAGAGCAUCUCUCAGUCCUCAUCCAUGGCCUCCCCACAGACGGAGGAGCUCUUUGACCUCAUCGCCAGCUCCCAGAGCCGGAGGCUCGACGACCAGCGUGCCAGCGUCGGGAACCUGCCUGGCCUCCGCAUUACGCACAACAACUUGGGUCAUCUCCGCAUGGAAGGGGACUCCCAGGAGCCAGGCGACGAGUUCUUCAACAUGCUCAUGAAGUGCCAGUCCUCCCGCAUUGAUGACCAGCGGUGUGCUCCACCCAACUCCCUCCCCCGUGGCCCCACUGUGCCAGAUGAGGACUUCUUCAGCCUCAUCCAACGGGUCCAAGCAAAGCGCAUGGAUGAGCAGAGGGUGGACCUGGCUUCUGCCCAGGAGGAGGCAGAGGAAGAAGAGGAGGAGGAAGAGCAGCAGCAACAGCAGGUAGAUGAACAGCCGUCGGAUCAGCAGCAGAGGCCCAGCUUCAGCUAA